AUGGAUGUUUCAAACAGAAAACUGCCUAUUCUCACUAUCAUUGCCCGUCACUACAUAGCCAAAAAGCCCAUAUAUUCAGGUCUGUGUUGCCCUCUCUUGAUGCCGGUCCGAGAACACAUUCAGAUCCAGACCAAAGCUUUUGCACCCGGCGUCCUACCGCUGUCCGCACGCACCUUUCGCAUCGUCUCGUGCCUCCGUGUCGUCACGGGGCGCGGCGUUCCACUGUGGUUCUUCUGUCGCAUCACGGCAGCCUUUUACAACGACCGCGGCCAGCCCGUCUGGAGCCGACGCGUGCUGCUCUACAAGAUCGUUCCUCGGAGCCACCAUCGCCGCGCUCCUGGGCCACGUCAAGAGACUGUCGGUUACACGGGAGAAGAACAGCCCCAGCGCUUCCCGCUGUUCGACCUGGAUCGCACACAAGACGACGACGCUGCUUCUUCAACAUCCGCUGAAAGUCAAGGAAUCAUCACGUACACACAAGAGGAGUACCAUCGUCGCCUCUUACACCGCCGUCAGGAUCACACGCCUGUUGCACAGUACCACCACCAGCAUCGCCCUGUUCCAUAUCAAUCACACCAACCGGCGCUCCCGCCGUAUCAGGCAAACUUCCAGCAUCAGAUUCACCCGUACCACCGCCCAAUCCCCCAUCACCAACCCUAUUUAACCCAAGGCCGCACCAUCUUCCCCCCCAGCACCUUCGGCCCCAACCAGCAUCCCCUUCAGAUCAGCUGCCCCCCCAGCUCCCCCGGUCACUGGUAUACGUCCUUUAGCCCGCAAGAACGUCGCUGGGUCAACACCUGGCAGCCUCACUGA